AUGCCGUCUUCAAAACCUUUGAAGAUCAAGCCCUCGGAGGUGGCCGCUGACACCAAGAAGAAGCUGAUUCCAGAAGUCAACAAGCACUUCCACGAAGAAUGGCCUCCGUACUCCUACCUCUAUGCGCAGCCCUUGCAACAACUCCCGAUCAGCCGCCCGAGCUUCAUGAGCUCGGAUCUUCCCAGAUUCUAUGUCGUGCACGGAGAUCCGGUCGAUUGCGCCAUUGGUUGGGCUCAAAGUGAGGGAGUGCGCAUUCCCUUCAUCUGUGCCGCGAACGAGAAGCGUCCCGGAGGAGACUGGGAGACUGGUGUCGUUGGAUAUGAGGAGCGGCUGUGUCGUCGAAGCAACCUCUCGUGGACCCUGGGCAACCCUGCUCCGGAGACAUACAUGUCGUCCAACUAUCCCAUACCGAUGGAGGGAGCGAUCUAUUCCCCGGAUGUUGUCCGGUUCCGCCAGUUUCAAGACAGAAUCGAGUCACUCGAGAUGAAGGAUUGGAGGUCUUUUCCAGUCAUUUCCAUGCCGCCGGCCCGAUGGCCCAAGCUCACUGACAUGGGAAGAAAGUACUCCUUUGCAGAGGAGCGGGAGAUGGUCAGGAACAAGAUGCGGGCGGCCUUGCGCAUCUGCGUCUACAAUGGAUAUCAACACGUUGUCAUCGGUGAUUUUGGUCUUGGCAAUGGCUACCGCAACCCGCCCAAGGAGCUGGCGGAACUGUGGCGAGAAGUCUUCCUCUACGAUCCGGAAUUAAGAGGACAGUUCUCUGCUGUCAUGUUUGCCUUCGAGGACGACAGACAAUGCACGGCCAAGUGCAUUCUCGACGAUAUCGCCAAGAAGUCAAAGGGGAGUAGCAGCAGCUCGUCGAAAAGCAAGUCCAAGAGCAGCGGUUCGUCAUCGUCAUCCAGCUCCAGCAGCAGCUCUUCCAGUCACAAGAGCGAUUUCAAGAUCUUCAGCGACAUUUUUGCUGAACACGAGAUCGCAAGAGUGCGAAGCCAACCCGACCCGCGCUACGCCUUCUCCGCCAUCAUGGACGGUUCUUGA